GUGGCGGGGGGAGGAGGGCUUGGAUGUUGCUGGCAGAGAGUCAGGACGCACAAUAGUCUGUAGUCGUGGAGGAGAGGAAGCAUCUUUUAUUCCUGCGGAAGGAAGGGGGAGGAAGCGAGGACGCGAGGAGACACCGAUGCUGCCGCUGCUGUUGUUGUUGUUGUCGAUGCGACGAUGCGACCGCACUGCUGCCUGAUGGUGGCUCUGGCGGGGGUCAUGUCCUACAUCAGCCCGGAGAGAGCGCUCGGAGCCCCGCAGAGGGAAGUUUCCCCCAGCAGGACGGCGGCCUUGUCCCCGCCUCCUUACGUGGUCAUCCUCAUCUCCUGCUCGGGCCUGGUCUCCUUCGUGCUGCUGCUCCUCACCUGCCUGUGCUGCAAGAGAGGAGGAGUGGGCUUCAACGAGUUUGACAAUGCGGACGGGGAAGAAUGUUCCGGAGGCUCCAGUCCCAUCCAGGAGGACAGCCUGUCCUCGUGUCCCUCCCUCCCUGAGGUCUACACCCUGCCCGUCAGAGAACGGCACACCUGCGCCGCCCUGCGGGAUGGAGGAGACUCCAACUCCGCCUGUUUCAAAAGGCACGCCUUGAACUACCUGCAGGAGAUCGGAAACGGCUGGUUCGGAAAAGUGAUCCUGGCCGAGGUCCUGUGUGACUGCAGCUCCUCCCAGGUGGUGGUCCAGGAGCUGAGGGGCAGCAGCAGCCCGCUGGAGCAGAGGAAGUUCUUGGCCGAGUCGGAGCCGUACAGGAGUCUCAAGCAUCCCAACAUCCUGCAGUGUUUGGGCCAGUGCAGCGAGAGCAUCCCUUUUCUGCUGGUGAUGGAGUUCUGCCAGCUGGGGGAUCUGAAAAGAUACCUGCGAGCCCAACGCAAGUCAGACGGAAUGACCCCCGACCUGCCGACGCGGGAUCUGACGACGCUGCAGCGGAUGGCCUUCGAGAUCACGUCGGGCCUGCUGCACCUGCACGACAACAACUACAUCCACAGCGACCUGGCUCUGAGAAACUGCCUGCUGACCUCCGACCUCACUGUGAGAAUAGGCGACUACGGUCUAUCACACAACCAAUACAAGGAGGACUAUUACCUCACUCCAGACAAGCUCUGGAUUCCUCUGCGCUGGAUCGCGCCAGAACUGCUGGAAGAGUACCGAGGAGCUAUCAUCGUUACGGACCAAACCAAAACCAGCAAUGUGUGGUCCCUGGGGGUGGUCAUAUGGGAGCUGUUUGAGUUUGGCUCUCAGCCCCACAAACACCUAAGUGAUGACGAGGUCCUGACAUUUGUCAUCAAGGAGCGACAGAUCACGCUGGCCCAACCGAGAGUGAAACUCUCCCAUGCUGAUUACUGGUAUGAGAUCAUGCAGUCCUGCUGGCUACCUUCGUCUCAGCGCCCUUCAGUAGCACAAAUAUUCCUUCUCCUUUCUUCCCUCCUGGCCGCCGAGCGGGGGACGUCCAGGGGGAGCGAGGAUGAAGAGGAUGAGGAGUACGAGGAGGCCAGAGGGAGGAGAGGCGGGAGCAAUGAGUCGUUUGAAAAACGCUGGGAUUUACUCCGCCCACCUGCCUUUCAGGCUGCAGCUCAUGAGCGUCAAAGGAAGCCUGAGGACCGACACAACUCCUACCCUUUGCUGGACCCCGUGGGAAAUCGGGGAGCACAUUCUUCAUCUGAACUAGACGACAUCCUGACCGUGACUGAAACCAGCAAAGGCUUGAACUUUGAAUAUUUCUGGGAGAAGGCCCAUGCCAGACGAGGCUACAAACCUCUCCCCCCAGCACAACCCAUCCCGACGGUGAACAACAACCACAGACAGUCCUUGGACACGCCGACUGUGGUCCCGGUAAUCAGUGCACGUAGCCCCUCCCUUGCCAGUGAGUACUACAUCCGAUUAGAGGAGCACACUCCCCAGGACAAGUCCCCGACUCUAAACGGUAACGCCCAGCUGUCUUGCUGGUCGGACUCUAUUUGCCCAGGAGAGAUGGAGCUCGUUGAGAUCCGCAGUGGCAUGCUGGGAAAAGAGCGAGUACCUUAUUGCCCCUCAGACAAGUGUGCAGCUGGAAAAGGCAUCCGGAUGGUGCGAUCGAGGGAAGUUAAACUCCAGGUGCCCAACACUGGGGUGGCCGAAUUCAGAGACACUUCGAGCAGAGUGACCGACUUCUCCGUGAUUGAUUUGGGUGAGGAUGAUGAGGAGGAGAAGAACUCUGAAAAGAAACCACCUGCGAGUUCCCAAGCGCCGGUGCUUCCUCCAAAGCCUCGCUCCAUGUCUAUGUCCUCAGCCAACCACCUACACUCCCGCGCCCUCCCUGCACCCCCUCUUGGAUACAGAGGACUACCACACUACAAUAUGAGUGGCAAAAUUGAGACCGACCCUCUUCAGAUGAACAGCUGCCUACCGUCCAACUACGGUCACUUGGGACUCCAUCGCUCCCGACAGACUUUACCGCCAUCUCCAUCCCUCUCUCCCUCACUUCCCCCAUCCAGUCACCCGAUUUACCCCACAACUCAAGGGUGUCCUCCACCUCUCCCCCCUCACUCUAAACAAAGAACUUACCCGAGCUACAACAUUGACUCUUACUCUAGAUACAGUAGUGGAUUUAACAGAGAUCAUCUAUCCUGUGACCCGGGCACCAGACACACAACACACAACUCCAAGGACUCCCGUGUGAAAGACUUUGACUCGCCCGUUCGUAGAGAAAACCCCUUGCGGCCCAUUUAUCGCAAUAUACCUCGGUCACAGCCUCAGCCAGAUGGGCAAUCCUCAUCUAGUCCCACCUACUCAGACGAGGAUGAUUCCCCCUUCAUGUCCCCUGAGAAACAAAGCACUUCAGUCACUCAUUCCACCCUGUCAGAGGAUGUAGAGCCGGUCGUCGCAGGGAUCUUUUCCAGAGGAAUGAAAAGAACCCAGUCCCGCCUCGACACAAUCCUGCCGGCCAUUUGGAAAGAAGAUGCAGAACUCCAGGCAGAACGCGUGGCUGCUGCCAAGAAAUCCCCCAUGCACCUAUUUCUAACAGAAAUAUCUACUGUGACCGAGGCCAGAGAGUGCAAGUCCGACAAUUUGUGGGAGGAAGAGAAAAGAGAUGGCGAGAGAUCCAAAAGCUUUGUGUUGCCUAACAAAGGGAUGCGCCGCUCCCAGUCUCUGAUCACGGAGCUAGGCUCGGCAGGACAGUCAUUGGGAUCAGAGAAACACAACAACAGCACAGGGAAGGAGAAAGACUUUAAAGCCCCUGAUGAAUCAUUCCAGGGGGAUCUUUUUCUGACGGAGAUCGAUACGGGAAGAGAUCUGAAUGGAGGGUUGGGAAAUGAUCCUGUUAAAUACCUUUGCCCGACAGGACCAAGGUUGCCGUCGUACACCUGCGAUCCAGGCCUUGCCUCAUCCACCGAAGCGGAAGUUGCGUAUUCCAAAGGUAUCAGGCGGUCACGCUCGCUUCUCUCUGAGAUCACCACAGGAAAGGCAGAGAGUGAACUCCAAAAGGCAGAAGAGGAGCAACAGACAACAGAAAUGACCAGGGAGGAGUUCAUGAAGGAAAUUCAAUCAGCAGAGACAUUUCUGACUCAAAUAAUAUCCAGACAAAAUACUGACAGGAAAGAAGCAGAAUCCUCCCCUACACUUCUCUCACCAGAAUAUGAGUCUAUAUGUAUCGACCCAAAUACUGCCCAGACCAUCCGGUUUCAGUCAGAGAGCUCUAUACGCUUCUCCAGCAGAGGAAAAGAUGACCCGCAAACUGAAGCGAUAUAUGCUCAGGUGACCAAACGUGCUAAAAAGAGUGACAUUAAAGUUUCUACUCGACCCGAGAUCCCAAUCCUCCAUAUAGGAUCAACUGUUAGACAGGAGGACAAAGCAAGUAACACAGGCCACUGCCAGUCUACGGACUAUGUCUUUGCGGAAAUCAUGCCCAAAAACGGCUUACUGCACAACCAAAACAUUACGUUGUGCCAAAAAGACAACAAGUGUUUUGAUGGCCCUGCUUUGCCCACAAGAGGUGGAGAGCAAACUGGGGAUCUUUCCAAGGAUGCUGAUGAGUCCAUUACUGCAAAAUCACUCAUUUCGAAUAGCCCAAAAUCUUCUUCAGUGGAGAAUGGCGGACUAGUGAGGGAUGACGAUGAUGAGAACCACGCCUACAAAGUGGCAGUUGAUUCAGAUUGCUCAAAAGAUUCAUCACAGCACAAUGACAGCGUUCAAGAAAAACUAGUACCCGAAGAAGAUGCCGCCAUUCCAAAUACUCCAGACUGGGAUGCAUCCACUGACAUUUCCCUGGCCCCCUCCACUGACUCCGUCUUGUCACCUAUGACGUCCAGCUCUGCAGACUGCCUCACCCCUAGUGACUCCUGGACGGGAACGGGUGGCUGUGGGUGGCGGGCUCUGGGAAAUGAAACACCACACCGGGACUCUGCUUAUUUCUCAGACAGUGACUUAGAAGGGGAUGGGAUGAGCAAGAGGAGCACUGACGGGCUUAUGGGGUCCAGGCCGACCAGCGGACGAGGGGGCGAGAGGGGAGCGCUCACGGGGAUCGAGGAAAAAACUGAAUUAGAAGAAGAGGGUGAGGUGGAACACAAGCGCCCUUUAGGAAACUCAGCUAAUUCAUUUGAAAAUACACCUGAGGCCACAGAUAUUCCAAGCAAAGGAUUCAAACCAGGGAAUUGGGACGAUUCUAGCAUGUUUCUAAAUGGUAAAAUCUCCUCCCAACCGUAUGUUAGUUCCCAAACCAAAGACUGUGUGGACUUUAUUGAUGAAUUGUUCUCUAAACUUGAGGGUGAGCCGCUAAAAAGUUCACCGCACAGCGAUGGAUAUGCAAAAGACCACCACAACACUGAUUACAUAAUUUCUCAAGGAGCGGACUGCAAAUACCUAGACUCUGUGGAGGAAGACAUAAAUAUACCUGCCAGGAGCCUUAUUGUGACGUGCGCUCUUUCCAAAAGAGCCAACAGCAAGGAAAACAUACACAUGGAAAAACAAUCUCUCAAUGUCCAACACUGUGAAAACAACAUUGUAGAAUCCUCUGUGAACAGCACAGAGUCUAGAUCAUCUCAACUGUGUGGUGGUCCAUCCAACAAAGAGAAAACUUCAUCAUUAGUAGAUUCAAGCGUAGAGAAGUCCUUAGACAAAAAAGCCAGUUUACAGUUUGCCUCCUGGGUUGAAGAAGGCGCUGAGAGAAGUAAUACGGUGCCUGACCUGGAGCUGCACCACACAGACCACAAUCAGGUGGGCCUGAGCAAUCUGAACUGCAUGGAAGACCAAACAGCAGAAAACCAGUUGGCCGCUAUAAAGGACUUUUAUGCCACGGAAGACAGGUCGCCGAAGAGAGGAGUGUCCCGUAGCCCUAACAAUAUUGAUACGGAGAUAAGGGUGGAGGAGAAAGAGGACAAAAGGACUGGUUGGCUUGACUGCCAGCGUCAUUCACAGUCAAAUGACUUGCACUUGUGGCCAGAAGAAAACGACCAGUGGGCUUCUCCAGAAAAGAGGUGUCAGGAUAAUGAACUGACGUCCAAAGUGUCCACGGUGUUCCAGGAUAAAGCACGAGAGGCAGGAGAGAGUCCAUCGAAGGGUCAGGAAAUUUGGGAGGCUGAAGAAAACGAUGAAUUUGCAGGAAGUGAACCCCACCCUGCUGUGGUGGAAACAUGUGGGGAAACAUGGAACCAAGAAAAGCAGGGACUAAAGGGAAGUCUAUUGGUGAAGGAUAUCACCAAUGACGACACUCAGCCAGAUGUGGUGAACGUGCAACAGGCGGAGAAUCUUGAAAACCCUCUUGAAAGUGGCAGAUUUGAUGCAAAGGGGGAAAUACCAGUGAUUGAAGUGGAGAACAUUGAAAUCCCAGAUCCAGAGAAUUCUGAGAAAAGCAAGAAGCACAGUUGGUCAUGCGUGGACACAAACGGGGACGGGCGACUUACGGGGUCAGAGGAGAAUCAAAAUUUUAACAUUUGGCCUCAGAGGGAAGACACAUUACCACCCACAGAAAAGCACCCUAAGUUAGUAAACUGCUUCCCUCACACUUUAGAGAGUAAACAUGCCAAAAUAACCAUUUGCAUUACUGAUGCGCCAGACGAGAACUUGGACCAAGAAGACACUGAGUCUUACUUACAUUCUGAAGCUGAAAUGAGACCAUGCAGUGCAAAGCAACACCCGGAAGAAAGCGUGAGUGCCGAGAAGGAAGAAGAGAACUCAACGUUGGACAACUUCAGCUCCGUGGACUUUCCCAGUCCUCCUCCAAGUGUGGACCUCGAUGUGCAGGAUGACAAACUGGAGAGUUUAGAUGACUCUUUUCCUAGUCCACCACCAUCUGUUUCAGAGGCUGAAGAGUUUGGUUAUACCGGUCUGGAAGACUGUAACAUUGAAACAGAUACAACACCUCUGACUCCAUGCAUCCCCUCUGUGGAUACAACACUAGAUACUAGUGAGGGAGACCUCACCUCUGAGACAGGCUGUUCGGAUAGUAUGAAUCAAACACAAGCUCCGGACAGUAGCCUGCCAGAAUUAUUAAUUUCUGGGUGGAAAGAUAUGGACGAAGAGGCCUUGGAGGAUUUUGAAAAAUUAGAACAACUUUGUAGAAUAUCUGGGGAUGAGGAAGAAGCCCUGCGGGACAGUUUCCUGGGGAACCUAGAGAUUUUGGAGUCCCUGAAGAAAACACCUGAUCAAAAAGACACCAUUUGUAGCAAGUCUGGAGAGGCGAUAACUGACUUGUCUACCAAAGCGAGAAGGGCAGAUUGGAAGGAAGAUGGAACUGGUUCCUCAAACCAAUUUCAAGAGGACAGGAAUGAUGUGCCGAAGUCAACAGGACCAACGGCAGAUGCCAAGGACCAGGGUACUCUUUCCAAGUUGACCACCAAGAACGGACUCAUGAUGCAGGUGUGCGAGGAGCGACUGCAGUACUCCCUGAGUGAGAACGUGAAGACAAAUGUGCUUUGGGGAGAGACAUUUAAGGACACCGUUAUGCUCCGGCCUUGGGGGGAUCAGACGACUGAGGGCGGCAGCGAGACAUUUGCUGAUGAAGUACAAAACCAGCAUGACAGCCAAGCCGUGCAGGACAAUGCGUGCGAGGAAGCUAACCCCGAGACCCUCACUGUGAUAGAACAAGCUGAGAUCACAACGCUGCAGUCGACUGCAAACCAGGCGAUCAAAGCCAAAGUAGCCCGUCUGUCUCUCGCCCUGCCGCCACUCGCCCUGACUCUCCCCCUCACCCCCGCCGGCAAAGACGGCACAAUCGGGUGCCGGAUCGGAAGGCGGAGGGGUUUGCUCUCAGCAAGCGAGCCCAAAGAUGAGGAGGAAGACGAGGAGGAGGACGAAAGCUCCCGGAGGGUCGUUGUUGUCACGGAGACGGAUGUGGACAAGCGCGUUGGCCUGAGGAGCCUCCUCAAGUCACCCAAAGAGCCGCUAGACCGAGAGAGGGACCGAGGGAGAAGUGUCUCUUUUUUUAAUGAUGUCACUAUUUAUCUGUUUGAUCAGGAAACUCCAACCAACCAGUUAAGCACUUCAGCGCAGAUUAGUCCGGCUGCGGUGUCCGUCAAAAACACCAAGCUGGACUUUAACGGGCCCAAAAGUAAAGAUUCCAAGCGCAAAGAAAAUUCCCCGGGCAAGGCGAGAGCACCUGUGGGCGGGGCCAAUGCGGCGUCAUCGUCACGUUUCACCGUCAGCCCCGCCAAGGACCCCCACUUGAUGUGACGCGGGCGACCCUCUGAGACUCUGAAGCGAGCCCACAAACAACCAGCCGUUCACCCAGAGGCUAUUUUUGUAUUAGACAGGCGGAGGAAAGAGGAAGACUUCCAAUUGGUGGAGAGGAAAGCCGGACAUUAACCAGGUUUGACCAGCUCCACUGUUUACAGAGUUUAUUGGAGGAACGGCAACCUGGACUUGGUUUGGACCAGUUGGGAGUCUUGCUGUCUACCAGCGUUCUCUUUUCUGCUGUGUUCUCCUCGACUCCUCCACAAAUAUCUCCUUUUUUUUCUGCUUCCUUCUUUUGAAAUCCUAUCCAUGCCUUUAUGCCUUUUCAUUGUCAGGUCUACAUUUGUACAAAUGGUCCUCCUACGAGAGACAACGACGUGAUUCCGGCGCUGGUCUUCUUAGACUACUUGGGAAAUGAACACCCGUUUCUUUCUUUGUUCUACGGUGGCUGACAAGGGCAAACGUACACCCACAUCCACAUCUAAACCUAACCCUAACCCUAACCUCUAACCCUAACCCCAACCUCAACCCCAACUCUAACCUCUAAACUCUAACCCUAACCUUUUAACUCUAACUCCAACCCGAACCCUCCACAUCUAAUCCUAAACCUAACCCUAACCUCUAACCCUAACCCCAACCCCAACCUCAACCCCAACUCUGACCUCUAACCCUAACCUCUAAACUCUAACCCUAACCCUCUAACUCUAACCCCAACCCGAACCCUCUAACCCUAACCUACUCUAACCUCCAGUAUUUAUAUAUUCAUUGUCAAUAUAUACUAUAUUGCCAAAAGUAUUAGGCCACCUGCCCUUGACUCACAUAUGAACUUGAAGUGCCAUCCCAUUCCUAACCCAUAGGGUUCAAUAUGACCUUUUGCAGCUAUUACAGCUUCAACUCUUCUGGGAAGGCUGUCCACAAGGUUGCAGAGUGUGUUCAUAGCAAUUUUCCACCAUUCUUCCAAAAGCGCAUCGGUGAGGUCACACACUGACGUUGGUGGAGAAGGCCUGGCUCUCAAUGUCCGUUCUAGUUCAUCCCAAAGGUGUUCUAUUGGGUUCAGGUCAGGACUCUGUGCAGGUCAGUCAAGUUCAUCCACACCGGAAUCUGUCAUAACAUGUCUUUAUGGACCUUUUCAUGUUGGAAGUGGAAGGGGCACGCUCCAAACUGUUCUGUGGAAUUGUCCAAAAUGUUUUGGUAUCCUGGAGCAUUUAAAGUUCCUUUCACUGGAACUAAGGGACCAAGCCCAGCUGCUGAAAAACAACCCCACACCAUAAUUCUGAUUAUUUGGAUGGGUGGCAAAAUACUUUUGGCAAUAUAGUAUAUAUUUGAUUUAUUGAAAUCAGUGUUUAUUAACCUAUUGUUAGAGUAUGGACACCUCUGUUUCAGAGUGGCUCCUAAACAUGGCCAUCUGGGAGGAUAUGGCCAGACAAUCUCAUAAAUGAUUGGUCAAAAACCCCUCACGUGACUACCGGGCGCCAUGUUUAAGACCCCCCUCUUUUAAAUUUAGGCUGCCAUAAAUAAAUAUAUAUACUUCUUUCUGGUGACUCGCCACAAAUACAUUCAGACCGCCAUACCUUUGUUGUGCACAAAUUUAGCCAACCCCAAAAUGCACAUGGGGACGGCGUGGCGUGGUUGGGAGAGUGGGCCGUGCCAGCAACCUGAGGGUUCCUGGUUCAACCCCCACCUUUUACCAACCUCGUCAUGUCCUUGGGCAAGACACUUCACCCUUGCUCCUGAUGGGUGGUGGUUAGGGCCUGGCAUGGUAGCUCCCGCCGUCAGUGUGUGAAUGGGUGAAUGUGGAAAUAGUGUCAAAGCGCUUUGAGUACCUUGAAGGUAGGUACAAGUACAACCCAUUCACCAUUUACAUAUUUAGUUGCCCGGAAAAGGGUGGAGUGCCAUCUCCGGGUUGGGGAGGGGACCCUGCCCCAAGUGGAGGAGUUCAAGUACCUCGGAGUCUUGUUCACGAGUGAGGGAGGAGUGGAUGGUGAGAUAAACAGGUGGAUCGGUGCGCCGCCUUCAGUAAUGCGGACGCUGUAUCGACCCGUUGUGGUGAAGAAGGAGCUUAGCCGGAAGGCAAAGCUCUCAAUUUACCGGUCCAUCUACGUUCCCAUCCUCACCUAUGGUCAUGAGCUUUGGGUUAUGACCGGAAGGACAAGAUCACGGGUACAAGUGGCCCAAAUGAUUUUCCUCCACCGGGAAGACCCAGGACACGUUGGGAAGACUAUGUCUCCCGGCUGGCCUGGGAACGCCUCGGGAUCCCCCGGGAGGAGCUGGACCAAGUGGCUGGGGAGAGGGAAGUCUGGGAUUCUCUGCUUAGGCUGCUGCCGACCAGGUCUCGGAUAAGCGGAAGAAAAUGGAUGGAUGGAUCAUAAUCAACGCAGUCUGGGCACGCCUAAGCCAGGGUUUCUUGGGUCGCGGGGUGUGUUGGAGCCUAUCUCAGCUGCAUUCGGGCAGAAGGCAGGGUACACUCUGGACUAAGGUUGUACAGUAAACACACCUGGGGCCUCGUUUAUUAAGAGUUGUGUGGAUUUCCUACGAAAAAUUGGCAUACCAGACGAGGCAGUUCGGGCAUCUGGUCAGGAUGCCAUCCGAACGCCUCCCUAUGGAGGUGUUUAGACCAUGUCCAACCGGUAGGAAGCCACGGGGAAGACCCAGGACUCGUUGGGUAGACUCUGUCCCCCAGCUGGCCUGGGAACGCCUCGGGAUCCCCCGGGAGGAGCUGGACCAACUGGCUGGGGAGAGGGAAGUCUGGGCUUCCCUGCUUAGGCUGCUGCCCCCGCGACCCGACCUAGGAUAAGCGGAAGAAGAUGGAUGGAUGGAUGGAUGGAUGGAUGGACACACACACACACACACACACACAUAUAUAUAUAUAUACAUAUAUAUAUAUAUAUAUAUAUUUACAUACACAUAUAUAUAUAUAUUUAUAUUUGUUUGCUCCUGCCGCCCACCGUGUUUUUUUUUGUUUGUUUGUUUGUUUUAGUUCCUCAAAUCUUUUUGUCUUAGUUUUCUGCUUUCCAUGUAUUUAUUUGAUUAAAUUGCAAUAUAUUUGAUUACCAUUUUUUCGGGACAGAAUACAUCCAGGUUACUCCUCCUGUAAGAUCUUCAUAACAAAUAAAGCAAAAUAUUUUCCCAGACGUCUUAAUUGCUUAAAAAAGUAUUUUGUAUCAUUCUAACUGUCAAUAUAUGCUUAUCUGUAUGAUAUUUUGUCCUGUAAGGUUUAUUUCCCCCCCCAUUGUUGAGGCGUGUUAGCCGUGUUGUCGUUCUUUUCGAGGCAGUCGGUGUAGCUUAGCAUGCUGGUCAUCCGUAAAUAACCCAUUUAUUUGUGUCUCGCUAUUAGUUUGUUGCUUUAUUUUCUACAAAUAAUGCUGCGUCACGCAGUCAAGGUCCAGAUCGUCUGUUUAAGUGUUCAAAGGUUCAAAACCUGUAUUGUUUUAAGAAAUGUUUUUAAGGGAUAUUGUACAAAUGAGGGGAAAGAAAUAAAAACAAC